AUGGCCGUCACCAAGCGACUGGCUUCCGAAACGGCGAAGUCCACCUCUGACGCCUCGUCCUCUGCCAAUGCCGGUGGCACCGACAAUCCCGAUGCCACGUCUGUGAACGGCGAUGCCGCUGCCAAAAACACUUGCUGUUGUGGCAAGAAGUCGAAGAAGGCCGCGAAGAAAAUUGUCGAAGAAGACGAAGAGGAGAAGGAGAGCGACGAGGACGAGGACGAGGACGAGGACGAAUCUGACACUGAAUCCGUCGACUCCAACCCAGAUGCCGAGAUUGGUUCCAUCAGCACGGUCAAGAACAUUUACCGCUCCAAGAAGGACGACGACGGCAACUGGACCUGGCAAAGCGCGUACCCCGACGACGUCAUCAGCCCGGCGGAGAACAAGUCCACGGCCAAGUACGCCGUGCUCGUGCGAAACAUCAAGAGCACCGCCGCCCACAAGAAGCUCGAGGCCCAUUCGAUCGCCAUCCAGAGCCCCUGGCUGAAGAAGGCGCUGGGUCACAUCCUGGAGGAUUACCCUGGUGUCGCCUGUGAGCUCGCAAAGCUUGAGUUUGAGGCACCCUUCCAGCCGUUUGUGCACCGAUGGGCCGAGUUCGUUGAGUACAGAAAGAGGGAGGACCUCGAUGACCUGACCAAGGAGCACCUUACUGUCCUCCACGACAUUCUUGUCUACGAGAUUGGGCAGGAUAUUGCUGCUUUUGAGGACUACAUGAAGACCAAGGUCAUCACGUUUGAACAUCUCUGGAUGAUCUUUGCUCCCUCAGACAUCAUCGUGGCCGCCCACCAGGGGCCGCUGUCGGCGUUUGAGAUGUACGAGACCGAGUACAAGGAGACGCGGUGCGGCAAUGUUCUCGCCAUCACUGCCGAAUGUGUCGACUACGAUGGCAAGACCUUUGGUCGCCACAAGGAACGCAUGUCGAUUCCUGAGUUUCUCGGGGCUAAGCCCAUCACUGGCCUGAAUGCGUACCCUCUGAAGUUCCACGAGAAGAAGGAGGCGCUGGUGACCAGCCUCACCCACCGUGGCCUGAUCUUCGAGCAGCUUGCCGGCCACCACUACAAGCAGUACGAAGGUGAUGCCAUCACCUGGGACCGCGAAGGCAACGAGGUCCCCGUCGAUGUCUCUGGUCGCAUUGUCGUCGACAUUAAGAGUUUCAACAGCUACAGCCCCUACCCGUCCCGCUACCUGCGUGACUGGCGGGCCAAGGAUCUCGAGGCUCUCCAGGCCUACAAGCGCGAGCACGGUCUUGCUGAGAACGGCAAUCUCAGGCUCACGCCUUAUCUCUUGCUGAUUGCCCGCUCACGGACCAGGGGUUAUUCUCUCAAGAGAAAGAAGUGGCUCGACUUCUUCGUUUCGCAGGUUCGCGAAGUCGUCUGGAACACGGACGCCUUUGACAAGCUCGUCCUCGACGAGGACCAGAAGGAACUCAUCCUCGCUUUCUCCGAGGCGCAGCUCUCGGGCUCCUCCUUUGACGAUGUCAUCUCGGGCAAGGGCAAGGGCAUCAUCUGCCUGCUCUCGGGCCCGCCUGGCGUGGGCAAGACGCUCACGGCCGAGGCUGUCGCCGAGAACCUGCGUGUGCCCCUGCACACCCUCAGCUCGGGCGACCUGGGCUCGCAGCCAUGGGAGGUGGAGAACGGCCUGUCGCAGAUCCUCGAGCUUGUGGCCCGCUGGGACGCCAUUCUUCUGCUCGAUGAGUGUGACGUCUUCCUCGAGGCCCGCAGCACACACGAUCUCGAGCGGAACAAGGUCGUCUCCAUUUUCCUGCGCACCCUCGAGUACUACGAGGGCAUUCUCUUCAUGACGACCAACCGCGUCGAUAACAUUGACGCCGCCUUCCAGUCGCGCAUUCACGUGUCGCUCGAGUACCCUGACCUCACGGCCGAGUCGCGUCGCGUCAUCUGGAGGAACUUUCUUAACGGCUCCAAGAUUGAUGUGGAGGUCACGGACGCCGAGUUGGACGAGCUCGCGGAGCUGCCACUUAACGGACGGCAGAUUAAGAACAUUCUCAAGACGGCGCAGCUGCUGGCCGUGCGGAAGAAGUCGGCGCUGCAGAAGGGCUUCAUCGACACGGUUCUGUCGAUCGAGAAGCGGCGUCCCGGCGUCAAGAAGGAGUAA